UCUAAACUCCCUAAUCAUGAAAUUUUUGUAUUUUACUUUGAUCCUUGCUGCUCUCUUUAUGUUGAUGUCUCAAGUUGAAGCUUCUUGCAAGGCCACUGCUUGUAAAUGUUACGGUGUUCCCAAUGGCUUGUUCUGUGGAGAUGGUAAUUACAACUGUAUCCAAGGUCAUGUUUACCAAUGUGGUGACAAUGGUCAAGCCUCUUGCGACUAUGGUAUUAGAAAUUCUUGUGUCCAAUGCAACCAAUUGCAAUGUUAGUUCUUGAUAUGAUUAUCUUAUUGAAGAUUCACUUUUUGAAAAUAUUGUUUUCAUUCAAAUCAAUCCAAAUCAAAUAAAUCGAUAAAAUCCUUUUUUUUUUUUUGUUGCGAAA